AUGAUGCAAGGAGAGUUAUACGCCCUACAUCGGGAACUUUACGCCAUGGCCCUCGCCGAGAAAGAAAACAAGAAGCCCUACUUCCCGGGCUUUACUGCUCUAUCCGACCAGAUCUAUGUUCGCCCGGGCGAGGAGAUCGUCGACAAGGACGCGCCGGUCCACGGGCCCAGGGUCGUGAUCCUCUUUGGCUGGGGCGAUUGCAUCCCCAAGCACGUGGCCAAGUACACCGAUGGCUUCCGUGAACUCUUUCCCCAUGCCAAGCAGAUUGUCGUGUUUGCCCCCAUCAUGCGGGCUAUGCGACUCGAUGUUGAGCAGCGAACCAAGAACAUGAUACCCGUCGUCAAGGAAGCCUUCCCCGAAGGCAUUGAUGCCGAGGUCGACGAAGACCAGGUCCUCUUCCACGUCAUGUCCAACACCGGGGGCAUCAACUACUCCGCCACCCUCAACGCCUACAAGCAGAUUCACGGCCGCGCCCUUCCCCACCGUCUGGCCGUCUACGACUCCACCCCCGGCAGUGUCAUCUUCACCUGGGAAAACUUGAAGCGCUGGUCCUACGCCAUGGCCAUCGGCACCGCGGGCUGGUUCCCCUGGCCCUUUGGCCUGACCCAGGGCAUCUGGGGCGCCUUCCUCCUCCGCAUCCUUGCCGAGGAAGAGUUCAAGACCAAGGCUGCCAGAUCGCUGUACCUGUACAGCAAGGAGGAUGACCUCAUUCUUUGGGAAGAUAUUGAGGGGCAUAUUGCCAACUACAGGGAGGCGGGAUAUCACGGCGACGCCGUAAUGUUUGAAGGAAGCGGGCAUGUCGGCCACAUGAGGCAGCACCCUGAAUUGUACUGGAAAUCGAUUCGGGAGGCUUGGGCGAAUACAGCGGUCACUGCGGAAGUGGCUGCUUAA